CAAGGCGUACGACUCGACGCCUAGCCAGGGACUCGUCGCGUGGAACCUGGUCCGCCUUGGAAGAUUGACCCUCGCCGAACCAUACAGACUCCGUUCACCCAGGACGUAGAUAGUUAUAUCUUACCAUGGACGACCUGCCAGACGACGCGGUGCUCGCGGUGCUGCAGCACCUCGACGUGUCGGCCCUGCUCGCCUGCCGCCUCGUGUGCAGGCGGCUCGGGGGACUUGUCGUGCACCCGGACCUCUGGCGGCACAGACGUGUCUCCCGCAAGGACCCGUGGCUGCUGCCGGCGCUGCAGCUAGCGCCGUGCCUGGGCGAGCUGGAGGUCGAGCCAGCGCGCGCUGGACGAGGCAUCGUGUGCUACACGGCGACCAGGUGCGGCGCGGUCACGCUGAGGCUGACGGUCUCACACUACUCCUCCCUGCCUGGUGCCUUCCUUCUCAACUCUCAGCUCGCACUCGGGCGACUCAAGCACCUGCACCUGGACCUCCAGGUGCACUUCGCAAAGAAAGGCGUCUUUAACGCCUCCGUUCUGUUAGCGGCGGUGGCCUCCUCGUGCGGCCUGCAGACGCUCGUGGUUUUGGUCUCUGAGUUUCCGAGACCGUCAUGGGCCCCAACCGCAAGCUUCAUCGGCGACCUCGGCAAGCUCGACAUAGCCCCAACUGUGCACCCGCCGUCCCUGCGUCACUUCCACUGCAGGCUCAUACCGAACCUGGAGCCCUUCAUCAACCACAUCCUGGUGGCGCACGCCGCGACCCUGAAGGUGGUCGAGCUCGUCAACCCCGACGGCUCUCUGCGCUCCCCGGUGACGACAACGCUGCUCGCCGCCCAACCCAAGCUCAGCAGCCGUGAAAGUGAGAACGUCAUGGGACCUUUGCCGGACGCCGAGGUUCUCAAGGUGCUGCAGUGCCUGGACGUGCCGGACCUGCUCGCCUGCCGCCUCGUGUGCAGGAGGCUCGGGGGACUUGCCCUUCACCCGGACGCGUGGCGGCACCGGCGCCUCUCCCACAAGGACCCGUGGCUGCGGCCGGCGCUGCGCCUGGCGCCGUGCCUGGACGAGCUGGAGGUCGAGCUGGCGCUGGCGAACCCAUGUCGGCAAGAAGUGCUGGACUACAUGACGACCACGUGCGCCGCGGCCGCGCUGAGGCUGGCGGUCAAAGACUGCUCCUCCUGCUACGAGGUCGGCGCUCUCAUGGUCAGCAAGCAGGUCACGCUCGGCCGGCUCAAGCGGCUGCACAUCGCUCUCGACGACCUUUCCCGUGACGGCGCCUCCGUUCUGCUAGCGGCGGUGGCGUCCUCGACCGCGCUGGAGACGCUUGUGGUCUCGGAAAUCCGUUGCGUCUAUCACGUCGCAGACGCCCUAAGCGGCCACCACUUAUCAACUACCAAAGUGCACCCGCCGUCCCUGCGGCACUUGCGCUGCCCACUGCAACCGAGCCUGGUGUACUUCAUCAACCACAUGCUCAACGCACACGCCGAGACCCUGGAGACGGUCGACCUCCUCCACCCUAACCGUCGGACCUUGAACUGGGGGUACACGAUGGUGACGGCGCGCAUGAUGGCCGUGCCGCUCAACCCGGGUCUGGAGUGCGUCAUCCUGGGCGGUAUGCCCCACCUCCGCAAGCUGGAGUGCUGCCUGCUGCCCGGCCUGCAGGCCGCGGCCGAGUGCACUUCGCUCAGGGAGGUCACGCUCUGGGUCAGCGAACAAAUGCGGGACCACGCCGCGGACGCCGAGGAGUUCCUAGCGCGCGCCAGCCAGUUGCGCUCCGUGUCCCUGACGUACCGGCGCCGGAGCAGCGGGAGGAGGGAGUCCGCCGGCAUCGGCGCCGGCCUGAUCCUGGCCCUGACUCGACAGCCCGCUCGGUCGCAGCUCGAGUCGCUCGUCGCCGACAACGACGGCGACCUGGACGACUCUCAGUUGCGGCCGUUUCUCGACGCCCUGCCCUCGCUGCCGGCCCUGCGGCAUCUGGAGAUGAACGGCGUCCUACAUGGAGUGUUGCCCGACCGCGUCAGUCCUGACAGGACGCCGGCCCUGCGGACCCUCCGCCUGCUGCCAGCCAUGGGCCGGGCUCCCAACUGCGUGCACGGCUACGUGCACAGCCCCGCCCUGAGCGCCCUCCUGGACAACAACCCUGCGCUCGAGGUGCACGUGUGCGCGCCCUACUACUGCGAGACCACCGCCAAGCCCUGCAGCUGGUGCGCCAUGGCCUGCCACCGGAGGGAGCUCCCGGAAGCCGUGUGGGAGACGCCGAACAAAUGGCCCUACGCCAAGCUUCCGGGUCACUUAUGGGUCAAUGUUACUCGAUUCGUCCAGCAUUUGAAGAGGAAAUUUCCUCAAUAACUGUAGCUUAAAAUUGUUUUGUGUUCAUUGCAUCAAUAAAAAUAAUUAAUUAAUCUGUA